AUGAGCCAGCUGUCCGACCCGAUCAUCGACCCGGUACCUGAAGACCCCGCACCGACUUCUAUUCCCUCUCCAGCCACGGUUCCAGGUCCUGCGCCUUUGGCCAAAAAGUUCCAGUGUCCUCACUGUGCACAGGCUUUUACUCGUCACCAUAAUCUUAAGUCGCAUUUGCUUAUUCAUUCCCAGGAAAAAAAGUUUGUUUGCGACGCUUGCUCAUCAAAGUUUCGCCGUAUUCACGAUCUUAAGCGCCACCUUAAACUUCAUACAGGCGAACGGCCAUAUCUUUGCCAAAAAUGCGGUCGUAGGUUUGCACGCGGCGACGCGCUUAUUCGCCACACAAAAGCCUCAGGAACUUGUUCGCUUGCUUUUGUUUCGGGUGUAGCCACUGCGAACAACAACAACAACAACAGUAGUACUGCUACUGGUGCUCCAUCUACUCAACCGGGCGAGACGAGUCAACAACAUCAACAACAACAACAGCCUUUGGCUGCGGGUUCCUCCAGUUUCUCUGGAACUGUGACUCCUGCAAACAAGAACUCGGCUACCGGAGCCCCUCAAAAACGACUGUCUAACGUAGCUAUGCUGCUUCAAGACGACACACCGAGACCUGCCAAACAGGGUACCACAGACUAUCGCUUUGCCACCGUUGAGUAUGGACCUCAGCGCAAAAAGUCCAAGUCUGUUUCUGGUGCUGCUACUCUACCAACACCAUCUAUUACUAGUACCCAACAAUCAACCCACACUCAGCAGCAGCAACAACAACAACAACAACAGCAGCAGCAACAACCAUUACUCAUUCAGCCCAGUCCAGAGCUCGUUCACAAACAUGCAAGAACCGCUAUUGCUGACAUUACCAACCCACCAUCUCCACCUCCACCACAAUCAAAUAGAUCUUUUAUGUUGAUAUCCUCGUUGGCUUCCAAUUCAUCUAAGCCAAGCGAACCUGCAUCUGUUGACCGUCGUCGAAGUGAACCUAGUGCGAAAUCCCCAACCCCGAUAUCAGUUCCUGUAACACGACACCCAAGUCCUAAAGAUGGGAACAAUCAAGUGUCUUUGCCUCCGAUUGCUUCUGCGCAAACAAACUCUUCACGCAUGCGUUCUGUAUCUCUCUCCCCUUUGAAUGGACCUACCAGCAUUGCAAAUCUUGUUGACCAGGAGACUUCUGGAGCACCUUCUACUUCUUCAUCUGGUAGCUCAAGCAGUUGCGCAAGUAGUGCAUCGAGUUCACCUUCUCUUUCAUCUAUCAUGAACCCUCCUCUUAAUCCUAAGUCUUUGGAGUCCUCUUCUGCUGGCUCGGAAAAGGCAGCUGCAGGCAGCACCUCCACAGUAGGAUCCGAGGGGUCUUCUUCAUCUUUACGCUCGAAAACUUCCAAGUCUACACCUGAUUCUCCCUUGCCAGAUAUUAAUAAAGCACAACCUCGCUCUCACGGCAUCAGCAAUCUCAAUAAUGGCAACUAUACUAGCCAACCAUCCUAUCCUUCAUCUGCCCCUUUCCAUUUAUCACAGCUUCAGUCACUGCCAUUACCGGCCACACUUCAAGCAACUUCUAUAUCAUCUGCAUCUAAACCGCAACAAGCUCCUCCAACGUCUUCUACUUCUUCCCCCACAACAUCUUCGCCUUCUUUGUUAACAGCUACAGCACCUUUGAGACCUCCUCCACACAAACAGGGUCUACCAACUACUACAGAUCCCUGGGCCAUUGUACGCAUGCUUGAAAGUCGUGUUCGAGCCUUAGAGGAGCGUCUUAAUAGUGCGGAAGGUCGUGUAUUGUUUCUUGAAGGCCAAGUGGGUGCCAUCCGCCAGUAA